UGGAACUUGCCAACAAAAAUAUAAUGUUUUUUUUUAAUUUUCAAUAAAAACAGUAGACAGCAUCUUUUUAAAGUGUAGAAAUAACAGAUAAGAGUGUAUAACAGAGAAAGAAAAUUAAGAUACCCAGAGAAAGAGAGAGAAAAUGAUAACAAAACAACCAAUGAAAUGUCAAUUUGAUAGAUGAAAAUCUCUACUAAAAAAAAUAAAGUUAAAUUGUCAUUUAGCGCCAUGACAUGUUGAUUGAAAUAAACAUUUGUUUGUUUUUGGAGUAAUCAACUUGUUGGUUGUUACUCCAACAUAAUUUUUGAUUACGUGUGUGAUCUGCAUCUGCGCCACCGAGACACACAACACACAACACACGUUGAUUAAAUAUCAAAAAAAAUAUAAUUAUUUAAUGAAAAUUAAGUUUCAAACCAAUCUAGAAAAUUGUGAAAACAAUUAAGGUCUACUCUGAGUCUGGUAAAAACUGGUCUGAUAAAUUUUAUAAAAAGCAUAUAUAAUCAACAACAUGGAGCUACAGUGUGCUAUACAAAAUUAUCAUUGGGGAAAAAAAGGUUUAUUAAGUAGUGUUGCAAGAUUAAUUAAAGCAUCAAAUCCAAAUAUUGCUAUUGAUGACAAUAAACCAUAUGCUGAAUUAUGGAUGGGAACACAUCCAAGUGGUCCAUCAUCAAUUAGAAAAACAAAUGAAUCAUUGGUUGAAUUUAUCAACAAUAAUAAUGAUGUACUUGGUGAUGAAGUUAAAAAAACAUUUGGUGAUUCAUUGCCAUUUUUAUUUAAAAUAUUAUCAAUAGCUACAUCAUUGUCUAUUCAAGCUCAUCCAGAUAAGAAAAGAGCUGAAAUAUUAAAUAAACUUCAGCCAAAUGUUUACAAGGAUCCAAAUCAUAAACCAGAAAUUGCAAUUGCAUUGACUAAAUUUGAGGCACUUUGUGGUUUUCGUCCUGUAUCAGAAAUACAAUAUUUUUUAAAAUCAGUACCAGAAUUAUGUAUGGUUAUUGGUGAUGAUAUUGCCAAUGAAUUUAUUGGUUCUGAUGAGGCUAAUUGUAGAAUUAAUUUACGUAAAUGUCUUGAGGGUCUUUUGACACAUCAUGCUGAUUCAACAGCUGAUAGAUUGAAAAAUUAUUUGGAGAGAUUAAGACAAAUGGAUGAGUGUAGUAGAGAAGAAAUGAAUGCUCAUUUAUUUGAACGACUUCAUGCUGAUUUUCCAGGUGAUGUUGGUUGUUUUGGAAUAUAUUUUUUCAACUAUGUUACUUUGAAACCUGGUGAAGCUAUUUAUUUAAGUCCAGAUGAACCACAUGCUUAUCUCAGUGGUGAUUGUGUUGAGUGUAUGGCUUGUUCAGAUAAUGUUGUUCGUGCUGGUUUAACUCCAAAAUUAAAAGAUGUACCAACACUUGUUGAAAUGUUAACAUACAAAUGUGAGCCUGGUUUUGAAAAAUAUUUUAAAAGUACAAAAAUUGAUGAAUUUACUGAAAUAUUUAGACCACCAAUUAAAGAUUUUGCUGUUGCUAAAAUUGAGAUUUUAUCUUCCACAACAACAUACACAUUAUCACCUCAAAAUUCAGCUGGUAUAUUGAUUAUUAUUGAAGGAAAAAUUCAAGUUAAUUCAAAUAUUUAUAAUGAAGGUUCUGUUUUGUUUAUCAAAUCAAAAGAACAAUUAAAUUUAAAAAUACUAAGUGAAAAUAAAAGAACCCUUAUGUUUGAAGCAUUUGCUAAUGUUUGA